AUGGAGGAACAUGGGUUUUAUCAAUGCUUUGAAAAGAUACUAUCAGCAACCGACGUAAAUCGCAACUUGGAGAUACCCAAAGGGGCGCGUUUAUUGCCUGAGGGAGACGAGGUCAUGUUUGUAAGUGACCAAGGUGGAAGGAGGUAUCAAUUUAGGGCUUCAGUGAGGAGCGGAGGGAGGCGUUCUAUGACGCACCAGUGGCACUAUUUUGCAAUGGCAAGGACUCUUAGAAUUGGCGACAUUCUAAGACUUUACCGUUCAGAUUAUGUGAAUGAGUAUGUUGUGGAGGUGAAACGCCCU